AUGCUUCAAGAAACUUUUAUUACUCCUCGCACGGCACGGCCAAUGGGUCAGAAUCCACUGCCUUUGACAAUACGACCAUCAUCAUCAGGAAUCAGGAGUAUUGCUGGCCGUGCAAAGACAGAAUCCACUGCUCCAAGAGAGUGUUAUCUGUUUUCAAAGAAUGUUAUUCCUCGCACGGCACGGCCAAUGGACGAACAAAAGCUGGCGUGGGACCGUUAUUUGAGCGCUUUGGCAAAUUUAUUCGAAGAUUCCGACACAGAAAUCAAAAAUUUGGCCAAAAGGAAAAAGACGAAGCAAUGGGCAGUUGGAAGAGUUUUGGCUGAGGCGGCAGAGGCUACUUUUGAAACCAAGAUGCGUUGUAUUCAGCAUAAAGAUCUCAAAGUGAAGAACUGUGAAGAGGAUGAAGAUUGCAAUGAAGCAAAGUUACCUACCGCUAAACCCGAUAAUUUAUCCGAAUACAACCUUUCAAGUGGUAGUGACUUGUUCGACAUUUUUAAGAAGUAUCAAGCGAAUAUCCCAAAGUGUCACCAGCUUAUUGGGGGUAUAUUAGAUCUAACUCGAGAAAGUUUGUAUGGGUGUAAGGAAUUUUCAGAUUCGGAUAUCAAAGAGUUAGCUCAAGACUUUGCGAAUUCCAUCGCUUGGGAUCCAAAGCCGGUGCCCGAUUAUCUUCAGGAUUAUUUCAGUAACAACUGUGAAAAAAUUCAACAAGACAAGGGCAUGAAGAAACUUCAUUAUAAUAUUCAGUUUAUAAAAGAAAACAUGUACUCAUUUCGUGGCUCCAUGACUGAGGAAGAAUUAAAGAUGAUAUCAACAUUCCCCCUUUUUCGUUCCAUAUUUCAACCGAAUAUAAUUAAGGAUGCAUGGGGUGAAAUUCAAGCAUUUGGAACCAAGAAUGCUAGAAACGAGAAAUCGGACCCUUUCCAAAGAACGCGUUUGGGUCGAAAAGUUGAUAUGAAAGGAACGUUAGCAAGAACUCCCAACAAGUUUGAGGUUCUGUUUGGUGAUGUAUCAGGUGGCUUAGUGCCACUAGGAAUUUCCUCUUCAUCUUGUAAGAAGAGAUAUCUUGAUAAAAUAAAACUUGCCAUAAUUAUGCGAGACUUUCUAAACAGCGUAUUAAAGGAGUGUCAACAUGUGACUAAUGAUCAAAGGAAGAGUUUGGUGGUUAUGGGGUUAGAUUUAAAUUUUUAUGCAAUGGAUUGGUGUGGAGGCUUAUAUAGGUUUGGAUUACUUGAUCAUUGUAUAUCACCAUCCCAAGAAGACAGUUGUGAUCUCUUUGAAGAUGUUUACUGUAUUCUUAAGGAACUUGAGUCGGUGAAACAGCUUUAUCUCAAGAAUAUGCAAGGAAAGCGUCGACGAAUUUCGAUAGAAAAUAGUCCAGUCUUAAAUAUGAAUAGGACACCACCAAAAUGA